UAACUAAACACAAUUAGGCCCAUUACCCCUAAUUAAUUAUUUCCAAAAAAAGCUUGAUUAGAUCAACAGCUGAAUAAUAGUAAAAUAAAAAAAAAAAAAAAAGAAACUCAACAAAAACCACCACUCUCUCAAACCCCCUCAUUUCCUCUCUUUUCCUUUUUUUUCUUUCCUCUUUCUCUACCGCUCUUAAAAAUAUGAGAUGACUCUCUUCUGCAAACGGCGUAACGGACUUUUCUCAAAAAAGCUCCGUUACUUCAAAACCACCAGUUAACUCUCACUGUCACGUGCGUUUUCGAAUUAAGAAAAAAAAAAAAAAGGAAAAAGCGUUUAUCGACUCUUCCCUUUGAUUUUUAAAUUUUUAUGGCCUCGGAGCAGUUAAGCUCGGCUGCAACUCCAGAACCUGUUGAAGGCCUGACAGAUGCCGUUAACGGCGUUGAAUCCCGUCCGGCGUCUGGUGAUGGCGGCGAUGACGUCAGCAAAGCUCCGAGGCUUCCUCGAUGGACGAGGCAGGAAAUUCUCGUACUCAUACAAGGGAAAAGAGUGGCGGAGAAUCGAGUUAGGCGUGGACGGGCUGCGGGCCUUGCUUUCGGGUCGGGCCAAGUAGAGCCCAAGUGGGCCUCGGUUUCUUCUUACUGUAAGAGGCACGGUGUGAACCGGGGACCGGUACAGUGCCGGAAAAGGUGGAGUAAUUUGGCGGGUGAUUUUAAGAAAAUCAAGGAAUGGGAAAAUAACAUAAGGGAAGAAACUGAGUCAUUUUGGGUUAUGAGGAACGAUUUAAGGAGGGAGAGGAAGUUGCCGGGGUUCUUCGAUAAGGAAGUUUACGAUAUUCUCGAUGGUGGCGCCACCGGAGUCCCUUCUUCGACCACGGCUCCCGCUUUGGCUUUGGCUUUAACUCCAACUCCCGUUGCGCAGGACGUGACGGAGGAUGUCGAGGCUGUUUUUGAUAGUGGACGGAGCGCGGCAGCAGAAGAUGGCCUGUUUUCGGAUUUUGAACAGGAUGACGGUGCUGGGAGCCCAGGAAAGGCGGAGCCGGCGGUGGCGGGCGAUGCUGGAAAGGCGUAUCCAGCUCCUAUCCCUAUUUCGGAGAAGCAGUACCAUCCACAGCCUGCUAUUCCAGGGAAUCAGAGUCAAGGUACAACAAAGGAGAAACAUCCAACCUCGAAUCCUGAGAUAGGUUCUGCCUCUCAAGAAGCCAGGAAGAGGAAAAGGAUGGCGACCGAUGGAGACGAAGAAAUAAGCAAUCUUCAGUACCACUUGAUUGACGUCUUAGAAAGGAAUGGUAAAAUGCUGGUUGCUCAACUUGAAGCUCAAAACACCAACUUCCAACAGGAUAGGGAGCUUCGGAAAGACCAUGCUGAUAACUUAGUUGCUGUUCUUAACAAGCUUGCAGACGCUCUUGGGAGAAUAGCUGAUAAGUUAUAGCUGGGAGGUGUUCAUAAUACGUUGUACAUAAACAAGUACUACUCUGCAGGUUCGAAUUCAAUAGAUGGUAGCUGAAGUUGAAGAAUUUGCGGAUCAAAUCUUGAUCAUUCAUUUCUCACAGGAGUCAGGAAGAUACUUUCAUAUGCAUUUUUCCCCUACAUAUUCAGAUUUACCUUUUGUCAUACACCAAUAAAUAAGUUUAGAAUUUUAAGAUCGAUACAACAUUUCUACUUUUCUGUAAUAACGCAUCUCGUUCUCCCUGUGAGAUCAUAUGAAAAAUUUUCCCUCGUAACAUUUUGGAUCAUUUGGCUUAUAUAUUGUGUAUGCUAUUGAUUUACAGAGCAACAUCAAUUAGUCAUUAUUUUCUCUGCUUCUUA